AUGACAUCCGAUGGGUCGCAUGCAAGUAACAUACUACCCGAUGAUAUGCAUGAUCAUUUCUCUGUCACCUCUGAAAGUGAACAGAAUCCUUUUCUAAUGGCCUUUGAGCAGGGUGAUUCACUCGCCUUCAUGGAUUUGGAGUUAUUUACGGGCGCGAUAGAGUCAUCUUUGUUGCCUGUGGGCCAUCGCCCAGAUGUCGAUCCUUCACUAGAUCCCAAGGUUUUCAAUAAUCCUGCGGCAAUUGAGAACAUCGCAUCGACACUCACCAGUGACUUGCAUUGGACAGCUACCUCUGUAAACUACCAUGGGCCACCCUUCCUGCCUGCUUCUGUCCCUGCUUCUGUCGAGCAGACUGGGAGUACACUGGCCAAGGCCACUGAUCAACGUUCAUCCUCUGGCCUCAUCGCUGCCAGUUUCAGUGAGACUGCAUGCUUCUCUGAUAUGUCUGCCAAUAUUGACAUCAUUGAUGCAACAGACAAAGCAGGACCUGUUUCAGUGCAACCUACAUUCAAAAUUCCACAAGUGGUUGCAAGGAACCUGUUGGCAGUUUGA